AUGGCGACAUCUGUUGCGACUCUAUCUUCUCCUCCACCAGUAUCUCUGCCUCUCUCAUCAUCUCGCUCUUCCUUCUUCUCCAAUUGCUUCUCAGUGACGACCCGACCGAACACCCGUUCUUUGGUGGCGAUUCGACCCAGAACCCGACCGGAGCAGACGAGAAAGCGACUCACUUGUAAUGCCCUGUUUGGUCUCGGUGUCCCUGAGCUUGCUGUGAUUGCUGGCGUCGCUGCGUUGCUCUUCGGACCUAAGAAGCUUCCUGAGAUUGGCAAGAGUAUUGGGAAGACCGUCAAGAGUUUUCAACAGGCUGCAAAAGAGUUCGAGUCUGAGCUUAAGACGGAACCUGAAGAUUCUGCUUCUAGCUCAUCUCCAGUAGCAAUGAGCAACAAGGAAGAGGAAAAAACUGAGGUUUCUCCAAGCUCAAAGGAAAACGUAUGA